AUGGUGUCAGGAGAUUACAGUAUCAACACUGGCGUGGUAAAGCGGUUCGGGGCUGUCGACUACGUUGUGUUCGCGCUCACUCUUCUCAUAUCGUGCGGCAUUGGUCUCUUCUACGCCAUCAAAGACCGGAAUGUCAUCACCACGAAGAAUUACCUGCUUGCCGGAGGGAAGAUGGACGUCGUGCCGGUGUCGAUGUCGUUGGUGGUGACGUUCAUGUCGGCGCUGACGUUGCUAGGCACCCCGGUGGAGAUGUACAACUACAACACCAUGUUCUGGUGGCUCAGUCUUAGCUUCGUCAUCGCCCUCAGCGCCGUCAUUCGAAUCUUCAUACCUUUUCUCUUUCAGCUGAGGAUUACCAGCACUUUCGAGUAUUUGGAGUUACGUUUCAGCAAGAAAGUUCGAGUUUUGGGAUCACUUAUACUCAUUGUGCAGACGUUGAUGUACCUGGCGUUUGUCCUUUACACACCGUCAUUAGCGUUGUAUGCAGUGACCGGAUUUUCGUUAUGGGGUUCUGUGGCGACCAUUGGACUGGUGGUAACAUUCUACACCGCACUCGGUGGUAUGAAGGCUGUACUGUGGACUGACACGUUCCAGGCAGGUAUAAUAGCAGCUGGUCUCUUGGCAGUCCUCAUCCAGGGCUCUAUCGUUGUCGGAGGGUUCGGACGAGCCUGGGAUAUCGCAGACCAACGACAGCGUAUCUUGUUUGACGAUUUUAGUUUCGACCCGACCACCCGUCAUUCAUUUUGGUCGAUUGUGAUCGGUGCUGGUUUUAUGUGGAUGUCUCUGUACGGCACCCACCAGGCGCAGGUCCAGAGGUGUAUCAGCCUCCCUUCUCUGAGGAAGGCGCAGUGGGCUCUAGCUAUCAACAUGCCCGGUCUGAUUUUCAUCACCACCAUGUGCUGUAUGAUCGGUGUCGUCAUGUUCGCCUUCUAUGCAGACUGCCAUCCAAUCAGUUUCAACAGAUUGGUCAGCAAGCCCGACGAGAUUCUGCCUCUCUAUGUGAUGGACAUCCUCGGACAUCUCCCUGGACUUCCUGGAAUAUUCAUCUCUUGUCUGUUCAGUGGAAGUUUAAGCUCUCUGUCGUCUGGUCUGAACGCCGUUGGAGCCGUGGUUGUUACCGACCUCGUCCGUCCGUACUGCUGUACCAAGAUGAGCGACAGGACGGCAACCAUUGUCACCAAGGUGGUUGUUUUGACCUUUGGUCUGGUGUCCGUGGGUCUGGCUUACGUCUGCUCUCAACUGGGAGGAGUCUUACAGGCCGCAAUAAGCGUCAUCAGCAUUAUUAACGGUCCCCUGUUUGGACUGUUUGUGUUUGGGAUGUUUUUCCCAUGGGGAAACCAGUGGGGCGCGUUUGUUGGGUGUCUGAGUUCGCUUGCGUUCACGCUGUGGAUUGGGAUAGGAGCGUUCGUCAACAACGUCGCAACACCUCGCUCACCCACGUGGACCCACGGCUGUAACUGGAACAUCACGACCACGACCACGACCACGACCACGACACUGUCUGCCACCAUAGCAACGACUGCUACCACAGCUGCUACUACAAAGUCCAUCCUACCUAUCUACACCAUCUCUUACCUCUACUACACCCCGGUUGCCAUGGUGACAGUGGUGGUCGUCGGGUUAAUAGUCAGCUUUCUGACAGGUUACACAAGACCGUCUUCACUCGAUGCUAGACUUAUCUGCCCCUUGUUUGAUAAACUGUUCCCCUGUCUCCCUGAAGUAAUUCUUAAACCUCUCAGAUUUGGGAUUGAUCACAAAGGGAAAUACGACCGACCUAUUCCGGAAGACUGGCAUCACGUGAUCCGGCGAGGUCUCACAUCAGAUAAAGAAUCCUUGUCCACGGAUAUAGAAAAAUGUACAACAGAUAAAAACAGUGUCGGUAACAAGGACGGCGUGUAUAUCAAUAAGGAAACACCAAAUUCCGUUCAUGAAGAACAGGGUGUGGACAAUUCUGGAUUUCAUUUACCUCAACAAAAUGAGGAUACCAGGAUGUAGCAAAGAGGUUAUGUCCGAUUGUCGUACUAAGUGAAUAGGUUACAUUUUUGGGAAUUUAUAUGUAGGCAUAUUAUAACAUUAAAGUAUACUGUCAUAGUACAGCG